AUGGAGACCGGAGCUGAUGAGUAUCCUCGAAUCCAUGCACAUACAAGGAGCAAUCAUGAUCAGACACCGUCACCGAAGGCUUUCCGGAAGUCGCAACAAAAACCCUGUUUUGAAGACCGCAUCAAGACAACUUUCAUCGUAGACGAGGCUGAUCCCUUCCUCUCCCCUACCGAGGUUACUGAACCGCUUCACGAGGAGGACUCAGACGGAAGAGGCUCGGCCGAUUCACAGAGUCGACGAAAGCAGUGGCUUCGACAAGCCAUCUCCGUCGAUGGUGAACGAGUGCCCGCAAAACUUCUCCAUCAAUGCAGCCUCGAUCGGGCUACGCUGAAAAACAGCCACCGACCUAAUGAUUGCGGGCGCAGGGAGGGUGAGCCGAAGGACGGCAGAUUCUCCGUGAGACAUGGCUACAUCGGACGAAGUUCUUCCAUUGACAAAGACUCGACUAACGGGGCAGAGGUAACCGAAGAUUCUGCUGAAAAUGAUCUUGAGGAUCUCCAGUCGCAGCGUGCCCUGGUUGAAGCCGAGUUGCGACGUCAAGCUAAGGCGCCUCCCGGAUUGAAAAUAAGAGACCUCCUCGCCUGCCGCUCGAUAACUGAAGACGAAGGUGACGACGACGAUGACGAGGAGGAAGCGGAGAAGGCGAAAGGAGAAGGAAAUGCUCAGCAGAAGAAUCACGAGAAGGAAGACGUGACAAAGACAAAUAACGUUGAAGGCGAAAGAGGCCUUGACGUGAGCGGUACCCAAGUGAAACUGUCCUGA